AUGAAGAAAGCCGACAUGGUGGAAGCCAUCAUUUUGAAGAAGCGCUUGGACAUGUGCAAGCAAGCCCGAGCGAUCGUGGUGCAAGGCGUGAACAAAGUGAACUUGCGAGACUUGACCCUGUCUCUGAAGAUGUUUGAAGAUGCCGAGGUGGAGGUCCCCCUAUGCUUCCAGCUGCAGGUGACGCAGAGGAUGUGUACGGAAGGGUUUCACAGCCUGGCGACCAGUCCAGAGAAAGCCCGGCACAACGUGAGCGAGUACGAGUCACUGAUCAAGAACAUGGAGAUUUGGCGCUCCAGCGACUCGGGCUUUUCCUUGACGAGUCCUUCGUUUGGUUCUCUCCUCGCGACCGUCCUCGACCAGGCUGCCUUAGAGGACGAGGAGAAUCCCGAGGCUUUGAUUUUCGAUGAUGUGCCGGCAGGGAAGCAGAGUGGGCAGAAGGGCAAGCCGCUUGAGGCCAGGAAGGGGGGCGAGUCCUGCCCAGCCGUAGCCGUAGCAGUCCUUGCAGCUGAGUUGGUGGCGUCCUACCUGUCAACCUGGUCCUGCGACGCUUUCUUCAAGAUGGUGCGCAAGGGCCAUGCGAAGAACGAGGGGCUCGUGAUGUUGUGCACCGCUUUCGACGCUGCUGUCUGGGAGGCCGAGCAGGACGGGUCCUUGAAAAAGUUGCCCAAGGCUGUGUUCAAGGCAGUGCGUUGUGUUCACAAGUGCCUUUGUGGACUUUGGGUGCUAAUCGAUCCUGCGGCCGACUGGCCCAUGCAAUCGCUGGACAGUGUGAUCCAGCUCGUCAAGAGCAAGGAUGCCAAGGUGGCGCUGGAGUCGAAUUUGCAGAUCAUCCUCAGCGAGCACGACUUGUGGAUCCCGGCUUACCAGGAGUUUGUCCGCACAGCUGUCGCUACGAAGGAGAUGUUGCCCUCAAUCCGGUCUGCCGUUGCAGAGAUCACAGGAGCAGAAGAGCAGGAUUGCCUGGACCAGCCCUUCUUGGAGGCUGUGCAGCUUGUGCUGCAGGGUCGCACCAAGCUGAGGUCAGGCACUACUGGGAAGUUGGAGGAGGUGCUGGUCCCCCGACUGCUGAAGAUCGUGAAUAAGCUGUGCGAAUCGGAUGCCCAGAGUACGGGGCGCAAGAUGAUCGAGACCUUGGAUCAUUUCAUGGCCCUCGUGUCGCCAGACCAUGAUGGUGUUGCCGACUCCCGCCGUCGGCUUCAGGAGUGGAGUGCCAGCAAGGCGGCGGAGAUGAACAAGCUGUCUUUGAUCGAGUACGCAGUGGAGAACAGCAGUGAGGGCGGUCGUGCGUCCGUGAGCAUUGCUCACGUCGGCGACCUUCUGUUGCGGGCCCAGCAGUCGUGUUUGGACAUCGGCGAGCACGGCGAGACUGGACGAGACUCGCUUGCCUUGGGGAGCUUGCUUCGCAAUGUUCUGCUCCACUUGUCCGAUCAGAUGGCGGCAGUGCCAACCGGCGGAGCCAUGAUCACAGGCCAGUGCUUCAACAUUGCACAGGACCUGAUUCAGAAGAUUUUGAAGAGCCAGACCUUCACACGCCAGACGCUCAUCAAGUUCCUCAAGAUCUUGCGAGAUGGCCAACAGCAUCUCCAGCAGACCAGGAGCUUUCUUGCAGGCGGCAAGGACGCAGCGGCCCGUGUGGAGGCUGACCCCGACCACGAGAAGCUCCUCGGCCUGGUGCAGUCCCACCGGAACAUCACGACAUUUGCCACCAAGCUGUCCGAUGUGCGGGUCAACGUUCCGGACGCCAACGACGCAGACUUGCCAUGUACGCAGAUGAUCCCCGUGCCAUCCAUCGGCCAGCUCCCUCCAGAUGUCACUGAUGUGUUGUCGUAUGUUCUAGCUGAGACUGCGAACAAUGCCGUGUCUUUGGUCUCAGCGAUCCAGGCGGAUGCCUAUGAUUUGCAUAUGCCAGCGACAUCAUGGAAGAAGGCUUUGACGGAUGCUUCGAGUCUGGAUGAGGUGUACCGGACAGCGAGAGCAAACCUGGCCUCCGUGAAGGGCCUGGUCGUGCAGAAGCAUGUGACGGAAGCUGACCAGGUGCUCGACAAGGCGGAUGAGCUUUCCAGCGUCGUGACCUCACUGGUGGAUGAGGAUGAGGACAAGGAUGCAGUGCUGUCGCACUGGACUCGGUUCAAUCAGGAGGUCCGCACCCUGAAGGAGCACACCAACGCUGCACGAGUGAUGAAGACCGAGGCAGUGUUGUGGCACAACAUGUGCAACGUUCGUGUGAAGGAUUCCGCCAAAAAGGUCGUGAGUGCCGAGCUGGCCAGCAUCGCGAAUGGCAAGCCGCACCAUGACCUCAUCCUCAAACAGUUGUUUGAGGAGGCCAAGAAGUUCGGCUAA